CUUUUAUUCCUUUGAGAUAAGCAAAGUGAAAACUGAGCUGACGCAAUGAAAGAUCUAAUGACCCAGGGAGGGGCAGUGUUGCUUACCUGCCUGGGAUUGUAAUUUCAUAUUACUCACAGAAGCAGGAGACUAUUGGCAAUUGAGCGCUUCUCUGUGCCUUGGAUAUUAUUUUUAAACCACCAAGCCAUGAAGUGUGGGAGGAAAUCCAGCCCUGCGCGUUUUCUGAUUCUCGCCGGCCUCUUCAGUGCUGCACAGGCUAUCCCAGUCAAGGCCAACAUGAGUUUAUUUUAUUUCAAUCCUUUCAACAACACCUCGACAAACAACAGGUGUGAGUGUGGCACAUAUGGAGUGCAUUCUCCUGUGAUGGAGGCUCGAGGACUGGUGGUCCUUUCCAAUUCCACCAACCUCCAAGCGUGCAUGUGGGACACUCGGUUUGCCCCCACUGUGUCACCCUGGAUUGCCCUGAUCGCAAGAGGCAACUGCACCUUUACGGAGAAGAUAAAGCGUGCGGCUGCUCUGGGCGCGGAAGCUGUUGUCAUCUAUAACUACGCAAAGCAUGGCAAUAACACAAUCCCCAUGGCACAUCCUGGUACAGGAAACACGGUGGCCAUCAUGAUUAGCCAUUCAAAAGGCAAAGAAAUCCUUGAGAAGAUUCUAAUGGGCUACCAAGUGACAAUGGCUAUCGAAGUAGGGAAAAAGCAUGGAUCAUGGAUGAAUAAUUAUUCCAUUUUCUUCGUUUCGGUGUCCUUCUUCAUUGUCACAGCCGCCACGGUGGGGUACUUCAUAUUUUAUUCUGCUAGAAGGCUUAGACUUGCAAGGGCCCAGAACAGGAGACAGAGACGGCUGAAAGCAGAUGCCAGAAAAGCUAUUGGGCGGCUUCAGUUGCGUACAUUAAAACAGGGAGACAAGGAGACUGGCCCGGAUGCAGAUAACUGCGCUGUAUGCAUUGAAGUGUACAAACCGAAUGAUGUUGUGCGGAUUUUAACCUGCAAUCAUCUGUUUCACAAGAGCUGUAUUGAUCCCUGGCUGUUGGAGCAUAGGACGUGUCCCAUGUGUAAAUGUGACAUACUCAAGGCUUUGGGAAUUGAGGUGGAUAUAGAAGACAGAGUGGAGUCUUUUCAAGCAGCCACUGUGUCUAGUGAAGCCUCUAAUAUCCCUUCAAUUAAUGAAGGAGAUAAUCAUAGCGAGACUGCAUCAUCUGGGUAUGCUUCCGUACAGGGAACUGAUGAACCAGCUCCAGAGGAGCGUGUUACUUCAGAGAACUGUUUCCUCCUCCUUUUUCUGAAAGGCGACCAUCUCCGUCUUGUGAAUGCUUCCCAAAUCCCACGCGUAGAGGCGCUUCCCCAUCUUGACAAUCCAGGCUUUGAAGGGGACUUUGAAGUGCACGAAGCAAAGUCCUAGAUGCUGUUGAAGCAAGACUGCAGUUCAUUUGAGACACCAGCAUCAAACGAUGACAAAACCGAUAGACUGAUGUAGCAGCAACGUUGCCUUGAUAUUGAGAUAAAAUACACAUUUUAAGAUUGCAGUUAUAUGGCGUGACCUGCCCGUUCACUUAUUUCUCUACUGAAUUAGUUUUAGCACUUUUCAGCACAGAUCUUUCUUUUCGCACGGCCAAGGAAGACCACAGCGUCCCACCAAGUCAUCUGAGCCUAAUCACUUUUUCAUGCAGUAGAACUUUGGCUGUUCGUCCUACAAAAGCAUAAACCCAUAAAAAAAAAUCCGCUGAUCUUUAAAUUAACUUUAAAUCAAUUGAGUUGGCUUUUUUAAAAAAAUUUUUGAGCUUUCGGUUUAUGAAACCACUGGGUUUCAGCACUGGUUCGAAUUAGUUUUGCAUUUAUGUAAUUUAUUGAGGAGCCUCCUAUUCUUGAUCUUUGAGAAUUGCCCCUUGCUGCAUUAGAUUGCCAAGCCAUUCAGCGGUCAGUCCUGAUGGUUAAAAGACAUUGGGAAUUUUCUACAUCCACUUCACUGAUUAGAGCAAAUUAAUACUAUGAAACCAAAUGGACAUUGCAAAAAUGUUCCAGGGAACAGAAUGCAAGAGUAACGAUUUUGUACCGGAAAAAAGAGCUGCUUCACAUUUGCCCUGUGUUUUCUUCUCAGUUUUAACAUUCAGCUGCCACAGGGCCCAGCUAAUGGUCCAAUUUUUUAGUUAGUGCUGCUCUUAACUUUGUCAGAGGCUGACAAAUAUGCCUGACUCAAGGAGAUUGUUUUUGUUGCUGCUACUCCAAAGAAACAGCUAAGUAAAGAUACCCAAAGAGUACUGUAAAUAUUCAGAGUAGGCAAUGCAUGGACAUGGCUAAACUGGAAAUUAAUGAAUGGGUGAACUUCUGAAAUUGUUUUUCUAAUGUGUGAUGUGGGAAUAAGGGGAACACUGGGUGCCUUCACAUGGAGCCCAAAACCUCAUUACCAAAAUGAAUUACUAUAUUUAAUAAUGCACUUUAUUUUGCAUCUGUGUUUCCGUUUCUGAUUGCAAGUCUAGCAUAAAUGGACUGGAGAACAGUGGUGAUACGUUUUUACCUUUUCAUGUGAUUCUGAUAGGGAAAUCAGUACAUCUUUCCCCCUUUUCGCAUAGUGUCCAAUAAAGUUGUAAAUAUUUGAUUUCUAUUGAAUUCCUUUGAAUACAAAAUGUAAAUAAAGCUAUUCUACUGCCUG